AUGGUUUACAGCUACCUGAAGUCCAGAGACGAUUUUGCACCGAGCGCGCCGCGGUCUUUGCUGGUCUCAUUGUCUUUUGGAUAUCACGUGCUGGGGCUUGUUGGUGGGGACCUUGCAGUGAAGAGUUCACGUGUCAGAGGUAUCUCAACAAAGUUCUAUUGCGACAGAAAAAAGCUUGUCCAGAAGCCACCUUUGACCGUUGCACAGAUCAUUGAACUCGAGAAGAUCGUUCACAGCACAUCUAAGACGGACAAAGAUCGGAUAGCAGCUGGAUUCUUCUUGAUGCUCGUCUUUGGACGCCUGAGGUUCAGUGAUGGCAUGCAGAUCAAUGCAAUGACACUGGACUGUGUGUUUGGGGGCACAAGACCUUUGGGUUACCUCGAAUGCACAGCUUCGAAAACAAAAACAUCGAUUACCUUGGAACGGAAGGUUCGUCACCUGCCAAUUGCAAUACCGUUGGUGAGUUUUGCAGAUCCUUGUUGGGUCUUCACUUGGCUCGAACUUCGGGCAAAGGCAAAUCUGGAGGCCAAGGAGAACGUUCCUUUGUUGCCGGCGCCCCAUGUUGAUGGUAGGUGGUCAGGCGGGGAAGAGGAAACCGAGGACGAGUUUGAGGAGAAAGUCAUUGCUGAAGUUGUAGGUGAUUGGCGACCGAAGCUUGUCGAAGGCCAAUACGAACCGGGAGACACAUUGGUCGAUCGUUGUUGCGCGUGCUAUGAGAGUGAUCGCCUUGUGUACAUAGAUUGGUCUUCAUGCAUUUCUCGAGAGUAUGAACUUUGUAAUAAUGUCAAGAGAGAUUCGAACCUGACCUUCACCAGUGACAGAUUGCUCAAGCUGCAGAAGCAUAGCAAGCCGGAUCCCAUCCAGAGCACCACUGAGAUUCAGAUUCGCUAUUGCUUAGCGCGUAGAGGCCUAGCUCUCGAACAAGCAAAUGUUCUAGACUUUAAGCUUCAUGACCAGCUGGCUGAAUUGUUCAUGGAAAUUCGCAUGCAGGACCCUCCAGCCGGCUAUCAACGAGUGUCACUUAAGCAGAUUGAGCUCGCUGAUAAAAAGUUCUUUGCACUGAUGGCAGAGGAAACAAGAUCAGGCAUUAAAGCCAAUGCCAGUGGUCGCCCAUGUGACCUGUGCUUUCCAAGAGUGUUUCAGAUGGCUGAGUUCCGCCAUUUGUUGCAGCCGCGCAUGGGCAAUUCAUUGCCCACAGGAGUUGAUCAAGAGCCACCUGUCAAAAAGCAACGACAGGACGAAAAAGGUUUGCCACCGUGGGAUCAGGUUAAAGUCCAAGCUGCCAACGCGUUGUAUGCUUGGGCUGGCAUGUUCAACACAGCUAAGGAAGCUGAAUACCCCAAAGAGCUUUGCAGACAAUAUGUUCACAUCUUGACCGAUUUGUGUGCCGGAGCCAACGUUAGUAAAAGACUCUUGCUUCUCGAAAAGAUUGCAGCCUCCAUCAACUGGCCAGGCAUGCGCCUGUUUGAAGAAAUCAGGGACAUGCACUUCAAGCUGGAUGACGGCACGGAGCUUUCAGGACCAGUGCAUUCAGGUUGGUCGCACGCGAAAGAAGACCUGUUGAUCACCACGUUCGAUCUUGAGAGUUUCAAGUUUGCUGCAGACAAACUUAGUGACUUUGGACCAGAAGCGGAGGUCUUAGGAGUGAAGAUUGCCGUGCAGUGUCCCGCGAAAGUGGUUGUAGCUAACAAAGAGUCCAGGCUUGCGGACACACUGAACAUGCUUGAAGAAGUGAUAGCAACUAAGCAGGUUGUGCCAGCGGAUAUCCCAUCAGUCUUGGGUAGAUUGCAAUUCGUUGGAAUGCAUCUGGCAGGGCGGUCAGGCAAGCUGGCCAUGGCUGACAUUCGCGAAAUAGGAACUCAGAGCAAAGUUCCCAUAACCGUGCCCGAAGAGGUUCUCGAUGCCUUUUGCGUUCUGAAGACUCGCCUUUGUAAUGGUAAGCCUAAGGUCCUGGAGUCCGGACAACUUCAAAGGCCAAUUCUGAUUUUCACGGAUGGUGCUCUUGAACCAAGUGGAAACGACACUCCAACCGCUACCAUAGGCGGAGUGUGUGUUUGCCCAGACGAUGGGCGCAUCGAGGUGUUUGGUUGCCAUGUAGCCCCAGAGAUUCUUGACGUGUGGCUUUUGGAUGGGCCCCAUCCGAUCGGACUAGUGGAACUCUAUGGAGUUGCAGUGGCGUACAAACUCUGGUUUCAUUUGAUCUCAGGCAGACGGGUAAUUUUCUUUGGGGACAAUUGGGGGGCCAUUGACUGUUACGUCAAAGGAUCCUCCACGAAGAAACCUUGGAGAAAUAUUCUUCUUGAGAUCGAGAAGAUCGACAUGCAUGGAGAAGCUUUGUGCUGGAUGGCUAGA